AUGGACCCAUGUCAAGAGCUGCGGCAGAAGCAUCGGCAUUGGAUUCCCGUGACUUCGUGCCUGGCUGGCCGCAUCAGCAUCGGGGACCGCCGCAGCGCCUCGCUCUUGUCGGAGGACGACAAGGUGGUGAGGCUGAGGAGAGUCAGCAAGGAGGUCACUGGCAAGGAGAUAUCCUUCCUGAGCCGGGGCUUUGUGGUGAACUUCCGACGCCUCAUGGAGCUGCAAAAGGUGUUUGCCAUCAUCCAUGAGCUCAUCAAGUCCACGGCCAUUGCAGCUUUGACGCUGGUUUUGGCCGGGGACGUGUGGCAGCUGGGCUACUCUGUCAUGUUCGUGGCCAUCCUUUUCCUCAUCUACGCCUUCCAUGCUGCCCACUAUGACACCAUGGACAUCAGCGACUAUCGACAUCUCGUGGACCUGCUUGAAGAUGACAACGGCAUCUGCGGGGGUAGGAGCAUCGAGAAUCCGAACCGCCUCUUGAAGGCGCUGAGUCUGGCGCGGACCGGACGUCGCAGAAGGGCCGUGGUCAUCAUCUUGCUCUUUGGAAUGCUCUGCAGUGGGAUGUGGACGUUGGUGGGCUACUCUUGGACCAUGGAACUGGAAGACACUGGGAUUUGGCAGAUCGGCGGAGAGUUCUAUGCCACCUUGCUGCUGGUGGGGACGCUCAUGCUGAUCUUUCAUGCCGCGUUCGAGUGGCUCUACUGGCGCGAGACGCAGUGCGUCAUGCCGGUCUACCGGUCAAAGACCGGCUCCGAGCCCUGGGACCCCUCGGUGCACGGCACUCCGCGGCGCUUCCGAUGGUUUGGGCUGCCGAGCAUGUGGUUUACCUCCAACCAGGCGUAUGCUGAUCUGUCUUUGUGGAUUCAGCAUGCCAAGGGCAACGACGGCGCCCGGAAGGUCAACAAGGUCUUCCCAGAAGAGAUGGCGCUGUUCUCCUUGAACGCCACCGGAGCGUGCCAGCUCCGGAAGACGCUGAAGAGCGCGAAGCUGUACAGUGUACAUAGAGGCUCCUUCCUGUCCCGCGCAAAGACGGCGCUGGGGGACUUGCCCAGGGCGAGCGACCCCGAGGAGCUCUGCGUGGACUUUGUCUUCUUCGACACCCAGAGCCGGGAGUACCUGCAGCCCGAGGAGGAGUACAAGGAGACACAAGUCCAUGCGCUCGGCCCAGCUCUCGGCUCUUCGGAUUCGCCGAACCAGCCAGACAGGAGUGUUGCCAUGUUCGUCCAGUGCCACCUUGGUCUUGAGCCGGUUGCCUCUGCCAUGGCUGGCCUGAGCGAUUGGCCAGGCUGUUCGCUGGAGCCCAGCUUUGCCCAGAUCCAGGCCACGGGCGGCUCCACUGGGAUUGUCCUGCUGGUCCUCGCGGCAGUUUUUGCGGCUCCGGCGUUCCUGGCACCUCGCACGGGUCCCAACGUGGAGGUGGACGGCCGAGUGGCGGCCAUCGCGGCGGGGCUGGCGCCCUUGGCGGUGCAGCAGCCGGCCCACGCCUACGACAGCGUGGUGGCGAUGCUGCAGAGCUGGCUGGUGGGCGGCAUCUCCCUGGUGCUGAUCUACGGCGCGGCCUUCGUGGCGGCCUUGGCCAACCCCCUCACCAAGCGCCGCAUGGAGGUGAAGGCCGAGGUGGACUCCAUGAAGUGA